UUUGUGAAUUCUUGCAGCCAGAUAAAGAAAAUUGAAGUAUUUGUUUGCAACUUGCAACUAUUGGAAUUUAUAGCUUACAGGUUAUUCCCGGUAGUGCAGCGUUUCUUAACUCUUUAAGAUGGCGAAUUUUUUUCAAAAGUUGUUUGUCAUUUCGUUUGGUGAUUAUUGCAGAUCUGUUCCAUACACUGCCUGAGAAUGAUUAAUAUUAUGGUCUGUGAAGGUCAAUUCGUUAUUAUAUUAUUAUGUUUAUACAUUUUAUUCUUUUUAAUGAAGAUUCUUCAACCAACUGCUCUUCAAAAGCCGUCAGUGAUAGCGAAUUACUUGGACGAUACAUAUUUCUUGUGGACGAAAAAAAUGAUAGAAAUGGAGUUCAUAAAAUCUCAACUAAAGAAAACAAGAAAUCAAGAUUUGUCGACGAGGCACAAAUGUUUCGUUCAAAAAGCGGUCCAAAUGAAGCCGACAUUUCAUCUGAUGAAGAAUCAGAGUCAUCCAUUGAUGUGGUUGAAGGACAUGAAGUGGUAUUAAAAACUUCAAGUGAAAAAUCAACGUCUGAUGAUCCUGACUAUUUACAGUUACUUGAAGCACACCAGCAAAGAUUAGAUGAAACAUCCAGUCCAGCAAAUAUCUAG